GAAAUUUAUUUCUAUAUGGAAAUUGAUGACAUCAGUGAAUAUUUGGACAGCAUCUUAACUACAGCUGUGGUAUCAUGUGCACAGCAACCUUGUAAGAGCACAAUCAUUGUGGAGAAGACAGUGCAAGACCUCCUGAACCUGAUGCACGACUUGAGUGCCUACUCGGAUCAGUUCCUCAACAUGGUGUGCGUGAAGCUCCAGGAAUACAAGGACAUCUGCACCGCAGCCCACAGGGGUAUCGUCCAGUCCGAGGAAAAACUUGUCAUCAGUGCAUCUUGGGCAAAAGAUGAUGAUAUCAGCAGGCUCUUGAAAUCUCUACCAAACUGGAUGAAUAUGGCUCAACCCAAACAGCUGAGGUCAAAGAGAGAAGAGGAAGAAGAUUUCAUAAGGGCAGCGUUUGGCAAGGAGUCGGAAGUUCUUAUUGGAAACCUGGGUGAUAAAUUAAUCCCUCCACAAGACAUCCUCUGUGACGUCAGUGACCUCAAAGCCUUGGCCAACAUGCACGAGAGCUUGGAAUGGUUAGCAGGCCGAACAAAGGCAGCCUUCUCCAGUCUUUCUACGUCCCAGAAUCUGUCUCCUGCUCAAGAUAACCAUGUGAACGUUGAUCUCCCUCCAGUGUCAGAGCAGAUUAUGCAGACUCUGAGCGAACUUGCCAAGUCUUUCCAGGAUAUGGCUGACCGCUGCUUGCUGGUCCUACACCUGGAAGUCAGAGUUCACUGUUUCCACUAUCUCAUCCCUCUCGCGAAGGAGGGGAACUACGCCAUUGUGGCGAAUGUGGAAAGUAUGGAUUAUGACCCUCUGGUGGUGAAGCUGAACAAAGAUAUCAGCGCCAUUGAGGAAGCCAUGAGUGCCAGCCUCCAGCAGCACAAGUUCCAGUACAUAUUUGAAGGCCUGGGACACCUGAUCUCCUGCAUCCUUAUUAAUGGGGCCCAGUACUUCCGGCGCAUCAGUGAGUCUGGCAUCAAGAAAAUGUGCAGGAACAUUUUUGUCCUGCAGCAGAAUUUAACCAACAUCACCAUGUCACGGGAGGCAGACCUGGACUUCGCAAG